AACACUCCAAACCAGUUGGAAUUUUGUCCUUCCAUUCUUCAGAAAAUUGUCCAUAUUUGAUAACGUUUAUAAAAAUACGCAUUAAGCCGACCAAUUUCCUCUUGCUUGCCAAUGACAAUAGUUGCCAUCUGUUUUGUACUCUUGUAGGUGAAUAUAGGCUGAUUCAAACGCAAAACCCAUUUAUCAACAUUCUGCUUGUACCUUAAAGUGUAGAAUUUGCGUCACCCUUUUACAGCGGCCACUGUUAUUAUCGUACGGUGGCAUUUUAUAGUUUAGACUGGUACACAGUUUUGUGACGCCGUUUGUCUGGAACAGGAAGUGACUCCUCUUGCUUGGAAACAUCUUCGGCUGCACGUUAAGUCGGGAGCUUAAAUGACAUUUACUCAGAUUGUUUCACCCCUUUAUUUUUGUAACUUAAGACACAGGAGUUACAAAUGGUGGAUAUUAGCUUUACAUGUUGCUGAAUAAAUGAAAAGCUCUGAGUUUUAUUGCACAGGAAGCUCUUAAACAAGCAUGAGGACUGUAAAGCCCUUCCUUUGCGUCUCCAAACACUGGGCUCCUCUCAGGUGGCUCUCCAAACCCAGAAACUGUUCAAAUGUAGCCAGAGCCAGCUCAGGAGAGAAGAAGAAAGCUGUCUCCGACAACUUCAGGAGACAGGUAGCUUCCGGUCCGCGUCUUCAGGACUUUAUUAAAUCUCCUCCAGUGACUUUGGCUGUAAAUUACCAACACACCGACGAACAUUAUCUUUCUGAGGACUUGGGGCUGCUUGGGGACGCAAGGAAAGUGUAUUUUGAAACUUAUGGAUGCCAGAUGAAUGUAAAUGACACAGAAAUAGCCUGGUCCAUACUGCAGAAGAAAGGCUAUCAACGGACAGCUGAUUUGAAACAGGCAGAUGUUGUCCUCCUGGUGACCUGCUCUAUAAGAGAAAAGGCUGAACAAACCAUUUGGAACAGACUCCAACAACUGACAGCCAUGAAGAAGAAACGAUUAAAGACCAACUCGCCAAUGAAAAUAGGGAUUUUAGGCUGCAUGGCUGAGAGGCUGAAGACUGAGCUGUUGGAGCGGGAGAAGCUGGUGGACGUCCUGGCUGGCCCCGACGCCUACAGGGACCUUCCUCGACUUCUUGCCGCCGCCGCCGGAGGUCAGCAGGCGAGCAACGUGCUGCUGUCUCUAGAAGAGACCUACGCAGACAUCAUGCCCGUCCAGCAUGCCAGUCAGGGCCGCAGUGCUUUUGUCUCCAUCAUGCGAGGCUGUGACAACAUGUGCAGUUACUGCAUUGUUCCCUUCACCAGAGGUAGAGAGAGGAGCCGCCCCGUCAGCUCCAUCCUGGAAGAGGUUCAGAUGCUCUCUGACCAGGGUGUGAAGGAGGUCACUCUGCUGGGUCAGAAUGUGAACAGCUACAGGGACACAUCAGAGGUUCAAUUCUGCGGCUCGGAGCGGACCAAGCUGAGCCGUGGCUUCAGCACCGUCUACCGAGCCAAACAGGGAGGCCUGCGCUUCUCCGACCUGCUCGAUCUUGUGUCGCGCAUUGACCCCGACAUGAGGAUAAGGUUCACUUCCCCCCACCCCAAGGACUUUCCUGAUGAGGUUCUGCAGCUGAUUGCUGAGCGACAGAACGUUUGUAAGCAGAUCCACCUUCCGGCUCAGAGUGGGAGCAACCAGGUCCUGAAGGCCAUGCGCCGGGGUUACACAAGAGAGGCCUACCUUGAUCUGGUGGACAAUAUAAAGCAAAUCAUCCCAGACGUGAGUCUCAGCAGCGACUUCAUCUCAGGCUUCUGUGGUGAAACGGACGACGACCAUCAGCAAACUCUCUCCCUGAUCAGAGAGGUGGGCUUCAACGUGGGCUUCCUGUUUGCCUACAGCAUGCGAAAGAAGACGCACGCCUUCCAUCGGCUGCAGGACGACGUGGCGCCGCAGGUGAAGCGGCGCCGGCUAGAGGAGUGCAUCAGCGUUUUCAGAGAGGAAGCAGAGCGAGUGAACGCUGCUGUCGUUGGCAGCACCCAGCUGGUGCUGGUGGAGGGAGAAAGUAAAAGAUCUGCUGAGGAUCUGUGUGGGAGAACGGAUGGGAACAUGAAAGUGAUUUUCCCCAAAGAAGAUGUUGCCGUUCAGGCUUCUGCAUCCAACACUGCACCGAUCCGUGGGGGAGGCUAUGUGCUGGUGAAGAUCCUGUCUGCCGGCUCCCAGAGCCUGAGGGGCCGGGCCCUCAGUCACACCUCCCUGAGAUCAACCGUGACCCCCAGCUGUGAUGGAUACAAGUGAUGCUGGAAACCAUUAUUUAAUGUUCAGCUUUAUACACUUUUAUCGUCAAGAUCAGUUGUAUUUAUUUGACUAAAAUCCAGUUAUUUAUUAUGAUAAAUAAUUGUUCAUAACUA